CUCUGGCCCCAGGGUCCCCACCACCCUCACUUGGGAAAGCUAACACCUGGUAGAAGGAAGGAAGUGUUUGGUCCUGAAGGGGUUACCCAGCUCCCCACCCCCACCCCAUCCCCUACAGAUGCCAGAGAGAUGCCCUUUCUCAAGGCCGCCAUCACCCUUUUCCUGUGUUUAGCACUUUAUGGUACACAAAUCAUAUCUUUGAUGUAUGUGAACUUGAGUCCUCCCAACAACCCUGCAAAAUAUGUUAUCACCACGCUCACAUUUUGUGGAUUAGGAAACGAAGGGUUAGAGAAGUAGUUUGCCCUAGGCCACCCAGCAAGUGACAGAACUAAGACUUAGACUCUGGUCUGUCCAACCACAAGUUCAGGGCACUUGUCACAAUGCUGUCCUUUGCCCCAGUUCAGCAGUGCUGAACAAGGCCGAGGUGGUGGUGAUGUUCCCAGGUCCUGCCACAUACAUGCCUUCCUCAUUUCCCCUAGGGAUGGAGAAAGGGCACAGGAGGCAGGGAUGCAGCAACAGAGGUCACCAAGCCUGUCAGGGGUAUGGGGAGGGGGAACUCAGGAUCUUUAUAGCCUCGUGGGGUAAGAGAAGGAAGAGCAAUGUGAGGUGAACCUCAGACCAAGCUGUUCUCCACUCAGCACGAGGCCACUUGGACUAACAUACCCACCGUCUGGGUUGAUUCUGGUGGGGCCUGGGGGAAGGUGCAGUCCUCACUGCCUGUUUUCAGGGAGUUAGCCAGCUACAGCACCCUAUGCCAGGCUGCCAGGGAACUCAGCAGGGCCCACCCACUUCCUCCCCCAGGGUGGGGUGGAGCCCAUGUCUAGAAGGAACCUGCAGUAAGAUCCCUAGUCCUCUGGCUGGUGUGAGACCUUGGGCUCCAGGACUGUGAGAGGCAGGUAGAGUCACCUAAUGGGCUUACCUUUUAGACAGUGCCCUGAGGGGACAGCCCAUGGUAGACCAGAGCCUUAGGUAGGCUCAGAGGCCAGACAGUAGACUGGCAUUCAGCUGGGCCACAGAGGCAGGGGACUUUCUCCAAGGUUUUUACCUGACCCCAAGUUCUCACUCCAACAGCUUCUUCCUGCGACCUGGGAAAGGGGACAUGGUCUCUGUGCUGCCUAAAAGUGGGAGGAGGGACUCAGGCUGGGGGUGGGUUGUUCAGAACUCUGGGGCUCUAGGGACUGGGAAAGGAGAAUGGGAACAAUCAGGACAAGGGCCUGGGACAGGGACUGAGGAGAGAAGGGUGUCAGGAGGAAGAAAAAGGGGCUUGGGGGAGAAAAGAGAGAGAGGGAAGGACCAGAGGCUGAAGGGGAAGCCAAGGAGCAUUAUGUAGAGUGGCCUGGGUCUUAGCAUCCCCUCCAGGCUUGUGCCACGUGCCACUGUAGGCCUGGCGGCUGGGGUGGCAUUGGAGGCUGUGCGGGGCAGACAUGGGAACUGACGCUGCUGCUGCUGCUGCUGGCUCUAAUCGCUCCUGAGCUCCAGUCUGCCAUGGCAGCAGGGACUUCCCCUACCAGGUGCCUUGUGGAGCGGGGUCACCAAUCACCUCAAGCAGGUGACUGCAAGGAGAUUGACAGGUGCUGCUGGAAACAUAAGCAGUGCACUGGGCACAUCAUCUACCCCUUCACCUCUGACUAUGGCCACCACAGCCUGCACCUACACUCUGUCAGCCACUGCGACUGUGAUUCUAGGCUGAAGGACUGCUCAGAGAAGACAAAUGGCGGCUCCCGAGACUCAGGCCCAACCUGCUCCCGAGGUGUAACCCCGACCUGCUUCAACAUCAUCCCAUCCCCUUGCUUGGCGCUCAUCCCGGAGGAGGAGUGUGUGGAGCGGUUCUGGUACGGCUGGUGCAAAAGCUACAGGCCCAUCUCCGUGGCAGUGAUCCACCAUCCCUUCCACCACGAGUGUGGGACAGAUGACCUAAAUGGGGAAGAGGAAGAGGAGGAGGAGGAGGAGGAAGAGGAAAGCAAGCCUCCUAUCCCCACCCAGGUGGGGCCCACCACAACCACCGACCUAGCCACCAGCACUGUCACUGAUGCUCCUGACUCUGUAGCGCCCAUCACCAUCUGGCGCUCUGAGAGCCCCACAGGGAAGCUCCAGGGCAACAAGGUGAUCAAGAAAGUAAAGAAGAAAAAGGAAAAAGAGAAAGAUAAAGAGGAGGAGAUGGAUGAGAAGGCAAAGCUAAAGAAAAAAGCCAAGAAAGGCAAGUUGGUUAAGAAGAAAAGCCCGGUUAAAUCAGAGUCUUCACCUCCAGACCUGAGGCGGUCAUUAAGCCCGAGAGAGUUGGCCAGGAUGUCCGAGUCCAGCCCAGAAAGCCGGGAAGAGCUGGAGAGUGAGGACAGUUACCAUGACCGGGGGCAGGAGGAGCACUCGAGUGAGGACGUUGUUGAGUCAUCGCUCAGGAAGAAAGAGAAGAACACGGUCCAGGCCAAGAAGCUUGGGGCCAAGCCUUUGCAAACCAGGAAGGUAAACAAGAGGAAAUCUCCCCCAGCGUCAAGCCCCAAUCUCAGUUGAGGCCAGGGCGAUCAGGGUGAAGAAUAAAUGUCAUCAAGCCUGUAGCCAACCCUGCUGCUCUUCUCUCUCCCUCCGACCUGGCUACUUCUUGGCGGGAGGGGUGGGCUCAGGGGUGCAGGGGUUUCUGAGAGGCAAUCCAGCUUUCAAGGAGGAAGCCCAGGGGAAGGUAGGUGGGAGGGAAGGAGAGGGGCACAGCCCUUUCUUCCUGACCCCCUAGGACCAGGGCAGAAGAGUACAUCUGGAUGGAGGACAGGGAGGGUUUCCUUUCUCUCCUGGGAGACCCCUUUGUGUGUAAUCCACGUCUAGGAUAGGCAGUACUGUUUGCAGUGACACCCCCAAUAAACGGAACCUUUUGACCCACUCUGCCA